AUGACUAGCAAAGCUGGGCCAAGUAAUCCACGAUGCGCUGCUUCAUCCUGUGGUGAUAUUCGCAAUAUAAGUCACCCGUUUCGACUGAAGAGUGACCCAAAGGGAUGUGGUGAUCCAAAAAAGGAGCUGGCCUGUGAAGAUAAUCGUACUGUUCUCUAUUUCCAUGAUGGCCGAUUUUAUGUACAGUCUAUCAACUAUUCCAGCUUCAAAAUCAGAUUGGUUGAUGAUGGGUUGAAAAAGGAUAACUGCUCAUCUCUCCCUCGUCAUUCACGGGCAUUCUAUAACUUCCAGAACUAUUCUGAUCCAAAUAAUUCAUACUACAUGUAUGGAGGCAUACUGGUCAUUGUGAACUGCUCGAAGGCAAUUAACUUUCCUAUCUACAUUGCUACGAGUCCAUGCAUUAAGGGUUUGUACUCUUCCGACACAUCAUCGAAUUGGAGCUUGUAUGCUUUGCUCAAUCCAUCGGCAUCGGAUGUUAGGGACUUUUGCACCAUUAGCAGCUGGACAAUAUUAUCAGAUUUUAGGAGUUAUGAGCAGAUCAAUAGUAGCUUCUACAACUAUGAGCUAAUCCAUAACAUCAUGGCUGAUGGAUUUAGUCUCUACUUUGGUGCAUCCAGGAUGGCAAAAAAUUUCUUUUGCUACUUUGAUCUGUACAGCUACUUUCUUUUCUAUAUCUCCAUUUAUUCUGGUAAAUUGGACAUGUAUGGCGCCUACAAAGGUCAAGUUUGCGGAUACAAGUACUACGAGGGCGCGAAAUUCGUAAUUGGAAUGCCAUUUGUCAAAAUAUUUAUGAUCUGCAAGUAUAGAAGAAGGCACCUAGCAAUGGACAAGAAUAUUGAAGAAUUUUUGCAAGCUCAAAACAACUUUUUGCCCAUAAGAUACUCUUACUCUAAUAUUAAGAAGAUCACCAAAAACUUUAAGCACAAACUAGGUGAAGGGGGGUAUGGUUCUGUGUACAAAGGAAUGCUUAGAAGCGGCAAUGAAGUGGCCAUCAAGAUUUUGAAGCAAUCCAAGGCCCAUGGCCAAGAUUUUAUCAGUGAAGUGGCUACUAUUGGAAGAAUUCACCAUGUUAAUGUAGUGCAACUCAUCGGUUUUUGCUUUGAAGGCUCAAAACAAGCUCUCGUGUAUGAUCUAAUGACAAAUGGGUCUUUGGAUAAGCAUUUUGCGGAGGAAGCAAAUAAGUUUCUUGACUACAUGAAAAUAUUUGAGAUCACUCUUGGGGUGGCGAGGGGGAUUGGAUACUUACAUCGGGGGUGUGACAUGCAAAUACUACACUUUGAUAUCAAGCCUCAUAACAUUCUUUUAGACAAGAAUUUCAUCCCAAAAGUUUCUGAUUUUGGGCUUGCGAAACUUUGUCCCACGGAUCAUAGCAUAGUUUCAUUAACUGCUGCAAGAGGAACCUUAGGAUAUAUGGCGCCUGAAUUGUUUUACAAAAACAUUGGCGGGGUAUCUUAUAAAGCGGAUGUCUACAGCUUUGGGAUGUUGCUCAUGGAAAUGGCAAGUAGAAGGAAGAAUAUAAAUGCAAAUGCAGAAUGCUCAAGCCAAAUUUAUUUUUCAUUGUGGGUGUAUGACCAAGUCAGUGAAGGUACAAGUGUUGAAAUGGAAGAAGUUGCAGAAGAGGAAAGGAAGGUGAUAAAAAAAAUGAUAAUAGUUGCACUUUGGUGCAUACAAUUAAACCCUGAUCACCGCCCUCCAAUGAACAAAGUAAUAGAAAUGCUGGAAGGAGAUAUUGGUAAACUUCAUAUGCCUCCAAAACCGCUUAUCUACCCACCAGAUGUGUCAAUUAACGAUGAAAAAUUUGAGAUGGAACUAGAAACACUCUCUACUUCACCAAGUGCUUUGCUGGAGGAGCAGGAGCGUCGAUUACAUCUAAGGAGUUCAAAGAGGCUAGGAUUUUUCGAUUCUACUUCUGCUUCUUCUGGUUUGUUCGAUUCACUCGAUUGGAUUGGAGGGUCGACAGUGAUGAAGGUGUUGCUAUGGCGAAAGUUUCUAUUUGGAGGGGAAGAAGGCACAGGUGAUGGUGUUCUUGGUGGUGGGCUUCAUGGACUGCGAGCUAAUGUUGGAGUAGAAAUGGGUUCCUGGCUUUCUAAGGACUUGGAGUUUGCAGUUGGACUUGAUGUCCAGAAUAUUGCUUGCGGUGGAUGA